AUGUCUGCGUCAAAACCAAUGACAGUUUCCAAAGUUGUUCUUCCUUUGCUCACUACUGUUUUUUUCCGACCACAAAAUGCCGAAUUGGUUUCCGAUAAUCUCUGGAAACCGCCCAGCAAAGAGUUUGCAAAAAAGGUUCUGCCGUCCGGGGAAGCCAGAAAAUGCAUUGGCCAACCGGAUUCUCACACGAGGAUUGAGAGCUGCGAGAUAUUCGAAUAUUGCGCCGUGUGCCACUGCUCAACCGAUUCUGCAGAACAGUUUUCAAUGUUUGUUCAUUGCGCAAUACCCUUAGACCAACACUUGACGAAAGAUCAAAGCCAGCAAUUGAUAAAGCUUUCUGCAACACUUAUGAUUGAAGUUGUAGUGGCCCCCUAUGAUAUUUACACCCCGGGGGCUACAAACAAGGGAGAGCGGGUCCUGUGCUUGCUUGGAUCGCAGCAGAAGGUCAAUGCAGCCAGGGCAAAAGUUCAGGCAUUACUUGACCUCUUUGGUAAUGAAGUGGUCGAAUACGUGAAUGUGGGUAGUCCCGCGCUCUUUCCGGUUUGUGCUGGUGUUGGUCUCAACAAUUUGGAGUUUUUCCAAAAGCUUUACAACGUGGAGGUCAUAAUGCCACAAAUCUGGGAUACAUCUUCCAACAUAAUUUUCAUCUCCGGAAAGAUCCACUCUUCCGUUUUGGCUGCAAAAGAACGUCUCGAAGCACUGGUCCAAGAAGCUGAGGAAAGCAUCUACUACUCUGCGCUGCAAAACAUGUCCACGUUGAAACUGCUAUUCUUAUCCAAGUUCCGCCAGCGCGAAACAAACGCGAUCAUGGAAAAGCAUCAAUGCUUCAUUCAGCUAGAAGCGGAAACUGUAAGAUUUGCCUCCACCUCUGUCACGGCUUUGCGUUCUGCUAUGAGAGAAUUUACAUUGGAAGCCUUGAUGCCAGUGUUCGAAGCACACGUUGGCUUUCCCGAUGCCGAUGAAUUGCAACAAAGUAAGUUGGUAAACAACAUUCAUAGACUUGUGUCCGACCAUAAUGUGAUCAUAAUGCAACCGAACACGUCGGCGAAUAGCAUUGUGCUGACAGGUAACUUCCAGAACAUUUCCAAAUGCCUAGUCGCCAUAGAAGAUCUAGGAAUUUCGAGUCGAGUACUAAUCAAAAUUUUUAUCGAGUUGGAUUCAGAAUACAAAGACUUUGUCUCUGGCAAAAAGAGCGGCAAGAUCAACAGAAUAAUGGAAAAUGCCAAAUGUGACAUUAAAUUGAUCUUGAAGGACAGUUAUCAAAAUAUGUUCAUAACACUGACUGCUGAUUCUUUCCAGAAGUUCAAACUUGGAAUUUCUCUCCUCAGCGAUGAAUUGCCAGCAGAAGAUUCGUUUUUCAUUCCCGAUGCAUAUCACAGGCCUGUGAUCGGAACAAGAGGCUCAGUGAUACAAACGAUAAUGAGAAAAUACAAUGUCUUCAUUCAAUUCUCAAAUACUUCCCAAGCCGGACGAUUCAAUUUCGGCUUUAUCAGACUGCACAAUGUGAUUGUCCGCUGCCCCUAUAAAAACAGAAAAUCCAUUCCCUUAGCCAAGAAUGAGUUAAAACGUAUCGUGGCCGAGUACAGUGAGUUGCAACCUAAUGCAUGUAUACGGAUGUCAGCGGGUCACUAUAGGUACUGCUUCAACGAUACUCCGAGCAUGCAUAAAGUAAUCAGUGACAUCGAAAGGAAGACAGGAACGUAUAUCCUUUUCCCGACACAAAUUCCCAGCAGUGAUCGAACUCUGGAAAUUCGGGGAAAUGAUCAAAGCUCUGUGGAUGCGGCUCGAGAGUUGUUGAAACAUCUGUCGACAGAAAGGCUGAUAACAUUUGAUAACCCGUUUUUGGACCCUAUUGACUUUUCCAACAAAGUUGUGGCAUCGCUCAGAAAAGCUCUUAACAUCGAAGCAACGCUAGACGGGAAACUAUUGAGGUUAAACUUCAUAGCUCUUGAUGACAAGCAAAUAUCCAAGGCGAUGGAAAUUGUUGAGACAUACGUUGGCACAAAAAAUCGGAUAAAAGCAGAUCGAAUGAUAGAUGCAAAAUCACUUCUCCUAAGUUCCUAA